AUGGAAAUUUUAAAUGGGAAAGUCACAGCUUCGGAAAUCAAGAACCAAACCCUCGUGUUCCAUGGGCCAGUGGAACUCAGAAGAGAGAGCAUCAGUAAGAAGUGUCAUCUCUACCUGUACAGAGAUUUCUUGGUUGUGACGAAUAGUCAGUAUAACCUAGCCUUUAAGAUAAAAUACAUCAUCCCUCUGACUUCCCUGUGGAUGGGGGAGUGUGUGGCCACAGACUUUGUAGGCUCCAGUCAGGCCAGGAAAUCCAUUCACCUAGGCUGGCCCAUAGAGAACUUCAUAGUCACUUUCCGAUCUUUGGACCAAAAAAGAGAAUGGUGUUGUUUCCUUCAAAGAUCCAUUAAUCAAACCAAGGAGAAGUACCACGGGAUGAGUACUACACUGGAGAUAUUCAUAGAGGACAGCCCGAGCGGGAACACUCCUUUCACCGUAACAGCAACACAUUUGGACACAGUAAACGACAUUGUCAAGAAGUUACAACCAGUGUUGGGAAUACCUAAUGCUGAGUGGAAUUACCAGCUCUGCUUCUCUUCUGGCCAGGAAGACACGCCAUGCCCUCUCCUAGGACAUGAGAAUCCAUAUGCUAUCAAGAUGAGUGAACUUGGAAAUGAUGCAUUUAUGGCCCUGGGUCCAAGCAAAUACACCGCUUAUCUCAACAUCCAAAAGGUGAUGCAGGAGCUGCAGGCCCCUCACGUGCCGGGAAGAUUCAUCCUAAAGCCCAAGGAGACACCCAGAGGCCAUCAGCAGAGCAGUGAGUCUCUUCCCUACUCAGAGAAAAUAGUCAAAAGACGCUCUCUCCUAAGCCGGAUAUUUCAAUGGGGCACGCCCACCUGCUGUGACCAUGUGCUUCCCAAGACUCCAGCCUCAACUACUGGUGGCCUCUUCUGUAAUUCUCUCGGGGCUAUUUGCAAGGAUGGUAAUCUGCCGUCUUCAAUUCUGGAUAUGCUGUCCCUUCUGAAUGAAAACGGACCUGAUGUGGAAGGAAUAUUUAGAAAGUCAGCCAAUGCAGCCUCCUGCCAAACACUGAAGGAGAAGCUGGAUUUGGGAAAGGAUGUAAAUCUGAGGGAGGAAUCCAUCCUCGUUGUGGCGUCUGUUUUAAAGGAUUUCCUGCGAAAUAUCCCAGGAGGUGUCUUCCCAUCCAGCCUCUAUGACAAAUGGCUGGCUGUCACUGAUGAAGAGAAUGAGAAGGAAAGAAUCUCUGCCAUCCAGAGUCUUUUAGAGCAAUUGCCAACACCGAACCUCGUUCUCUUGAGACAGCUGUUUCAGGUCUUACACAGCAUCGAGAGACAUUCAUCAACUAACUGUAUGACAUCGUAUAACUUAUCCGUGUGUAUAGCACCAAGUGUUGUGAGCCUGCCUAGCUCCCACAAGUUGGGACUAGGAAAUGAAGUCUCAAAACAGAUUUCUCUUGUGCAGUUUUUUAUUGAGAAUUUUCAAAAGAUAUUUGAAGACAACACCAGUACACUUUCAGGUGAAAGCUCAGUGAUAAGUAAUAACAGGGAGGAGAUUUCGGAUACCUUCAAUUACUUCCUUGAUCUAAGUGCUGCCCAGGAUGAGGAGGAAAGCUGUGUGAGUGAAAGGACCCAUUCCAAGGGUGAUGCUGUGCCACAACAUCUGUCUGCUGCUCCUCACGAGGGAGGUUUCCCAGUGAGCAUGGAGCAACCUCUGGAUCCUAGACUAUUAAAUGUCACAGUGUUCUACAGAAGGAACAACUGCAACAUGACAUCUGAGGCCGCAUCUGGAUCCGCCCACCUGGACACCUGCCUGUGAUGUCCUCACUGGGGACUACAAUCUCCUCCGCCACACUUUGCUUAUUUCCUUAGUGCUACAUUAUUCUACUCGGAAUUAUUUUUCACCAACACUUCCAAGAUUUGUUAGAACAUGAUUUAAAUCCUGUUCUGUCCAGAAAUAACUGAUUCUUCAACAAAAGAAUGGACAGACACCAAAAACUAAGCAGCUGAAAGAUGCUCUUAAACUUCCUGGACCUGAGACCUGAAUCAGCACCACUCGGGUACCAGUUCAUUCUACGUGACUGUUCCUUUUCCUCCUUCAUUGUUCAUAUAGACAAGACUUUUCUUGAAAUCUCCCUUCUUAUAUAUUAUUAUGUUUACUGUAUCAUAUGGAUUCUAUUUAGCAUUUGUAUUUAAUUUGUUUUGUUGUAUUAAAUAUAUUCUUUAUUG